CUUCAAACUCUGCCUCUGGACUGCAACACUCAUCCUGCCUUCGUGGACGGCUUCUUAGGUACUGACCUAGCAAGGAAAGCUUUCAGGCGUUAAGGGGAUCUCCAAAGAGGGCCUACAGGAUGGAUGUAACAUCGCUAUUGAACUCAAGCACGACAGCUGCUGGGCAGCAAAAGUUGGUGGAGAAUUCAGGCGCUGUAUCACGAAGUCGAACACCAUGGGACGCUGGUGGUUAUUCACUACCGAUCAACACGAUCGCUACCGCGUCGCGAUCCAUUAACACACAGGCCACACCAUCUCAAAUGGCACAUUCAGCCCCUCGGGAGAUUCACCACGAUGAUUCACACUUGGACAUCCAAAACCUUAAUCCCACGUCGCCUAAACAUAAAUCUUCGGACAGCCGAAGUAGUCUGUCCUCAUCCACAUCAUCUUCUUUACAAUCUGUAGCACACUCCCGGUUCUCGUCCAUAUCAACAAUUGGCAGCUGUCAUCUACUACCGAGUACUUGGUCAGUGGACGGCCCUUCCUUGAAGUCGAGAAACACAACACAACCAUUAGACUCUACCUCAUUGGAUAACAGUAGCGACGCUCGCCCUAGCCCAAGCCUGUCUCCUACAGAAACUCUGGAUCCUUUUGCUUCGGUCGCAAAGUAUCAUCUGUCAAACCGUCAAACUAAAUUCGUGAAUCAGAGCUCUGUCCCCUGGAUCGCUACUUUCGUGAACGAUAACGGGUCUUCUACUCUCUCGAGAGAGGAUCGAUCUAAAGAACAACCUGGUUCUCCUACAGACCCAGACCCUCUAGAUACUUUUGCUUCGGUCGCAGAGCAUCAUCUGUCAAACUAUCAAACCAAAUACGUGAAUCAGAGCUCUGUUCCCCGGAUCAUUUCUUCCGUGAACAAUAACGGAUCUUCCAAUCUCUUGAGAGAGUAUCGAUUCCAAGAACGGCCUGGUUCUCCCAGCGACGCUGUUCUUAUUAGACGAAGCCCAGUACUACGAGUCAAUACUGGAGAAGCCGAUCUAAGCGGAGGAGAUUACCACCAGCCAAACCUCAAGUACUUGAGUGCCCUAUCAGAGAACUACCACGGAUCCACAUUACCCAAAUCUCACAAACGUUGUGCAUCUGCGCCAGAUAUCACAGUUACAGCAACCGACUUUCUGAUGAGAGAAUCAACGAAUCUUCGGCCAAGAGCCGAACCUACUCCUCCCUCCUCGCGUCAUCCAGAUAGCGCAUCCCCAACCACCACUCCUUCAACUCUUCCCUCGCCUGAUACCCCGCCAAGUGCCGCAGCAGAUGGCGACGCCAAUGCUGUUGUGUGUAUGUACAUUCCGAACUGUGACACAGGCUCACAGCCGCGCAAGGCCAUCUCUCACAUAUUUGGUCGCAAUAAGAUGUGUACUAGACUCAUCCCUCCACAUGUCUGGGUCCAUUACUGUCGAAAGCACUAUCAGCGAAGCCGAUACAGAAAUCAAAAGGAGUAUGCCAAACUACAAUGUGAUUUGGUGCAACAGCAAAUUCGUCGAGUCCACGAGUGGAGUUUGAACAACAUGAAGAAUCCUUCAGCAGGAGUUGUUCAGGACUGGGGAUUGGCUGUUCGGAAACGCGAGCGACAGCGAUUGGAUGACCUCGAGGGUGCCAACAGAAAGAGAAACGCCAACACACUUGACCGCAACUCUGAUGAUGGAGAUGAAAACUUCGAUGAUCUUGCUUGCACCCUAGGUAAGCCACCAGUACCCGCCACUGCAGUCCCAGAUUGGCUGUUGGAUUUGUGUGGAAAGGGGUACAGCACUCAGGAAAUACUGGAGAUAUUUAACCGACUGCACACUGAGAUUUUGAACAACCUGCUGCGGUGCUUCCCGGAUAUCGAGAUCCUUCCUAAUAUUACUGUUGGCAGCGAGGAGCCGAAAUCUCCUAAGGGUUACGCAAAGAGACUCACGGGUACUAAUAGUGGCCACCGUCGUUCACAAUCUUUAGGGAUGGCUAUGGACUCGGACCUUCACUCGCCCGACCGAGGAUUAAGCCAACCAACUGGUUGGGCUACUGAUGAUCUGGUGGGGUUCUCGCCUGUUCAGAAGAAAAGACGGCCGAACGAGCGAGUCACAGAAGGCAGUCUGGGGAAGCCCAUGCCGCGAUUGCCAAACCCAAGAAUGGUAGAGCAACCAGCAGAUGUUGGUCGGCGUAUCCAGCAGCUUGCCCAUUGCCCGGUAUUCACAGGUAUUACUGAGAACGAAGCUGACGAGGACAAUUACGAGGAGGUACAGCCAAGAGCUUAUCAUACUCCUUUGCCUGUAUCCCGUCAGCAAUCCGAUAGCUAUACAAUGGCUACGCAAGCAGAACGUGACCAAGGGCGUCAUAGCUCUAGAAGACAGAUGCACAAUCGAUCCCAGUCUGACAUGGGUUCUUUCGGCCAAGGCCAGAUGAUGUUUUCGACGCCAUCUUCCAGCUACUUUGUUGACCACCAGGCCAGAUCCUCCAAUCCCUAUCAACAGGCACGAGUUUCGGCUGGCAAUCCUACAUUUCUACCUUCUCAGCAUCACAGAGAGCUGUCUGUUAUGCAGCAUCCUACCUCUCCUGUGCAAAUACAACAGUCGCCUGGUCCUGGACACGCUCGUCAUCAGAGUACACCAAUGAUUCAGCAGACUCACUCAGUACCUACCACUUCUUGCACACAACCUUUGGAAUUACAUCCAAAUUACCGCUUUACUCAAAACCACACUUAUACCUCUCGGCCACAUCAAGUCUCGGAGACUCGAGAGACGCGAGAUCUAUACAGUGCACGACGCUGACUCUUCGGCACAUUAAGCUCCUUCGAUGGUUUCAGCAUGAAAUCAUUACCAGAGCACUCUUGGUACAUUUC